GCCCCCAUUGCUAGACACAUAAGUAGAAAAUUUUGCAAUGAAAGGCAGUUGAUCGCGGAACGGCAAAGAGUUUGCUAGCAUGAAGAAGCGCAUACAACGUGGGAGCUUGUAAAGUGUAAUCUUUGUUUUUGUAAAUGUCAGAUAGUUGUGGUCCAAAGGUGAAAAUGUCACUGCGCUUCUACUAUGAUUUAAUGUCGCAGCCGUCGCGUGCGCUCUAUAUCAUAUUCAAGAUAAGCAAUGUGCAAUAUCAAGAUUGUCCGGUCGCCCUGCGCAAAGGUGAGCACUUGACUGAAGAGUUUAAGGAAAAUAUAAAUCGUUUCCAACGUGUACCCUGCAUUAUCGACGAUGGCUAUAAAUUAGCCGAAAGUAUUGCUAUACUCAGAUACCUCAGCGCAAAGGGCAAAAUACCCGAACAUUUAUACCCGAAAUAUUUCGUGGAGCAGGCGCGCGUCGAUGAGUUUCUCGAAUGGCACCACAUCACUUUGCGUGUGACCUGCUCCCUAUUCUUUCGCACGAUAUGGAUGGAUCCACUGCUGACCGGUGUACGGCCGUCAAAUGAGAAAAUUCAGCACCUGACACAACAUAUGGAGGCCAAUUUGGAUAUUGUCGAAAAUGUGUGGCUGCAAAAAACAGAUUUCCUAACCGGACAGCGUUUGACGGCAGCGGAUAUUUUUGCCGCGUGUGAAAUAGAACAGAUACGUUUGGCAGACUACGAUGUGCGCAUAAAAUAUCCGAAAAUUAAGGCAUGGUUAAAGCGCGUGCGCGCCGGCUGCAAUCCACACUAUGAUAAUGCUCACCAGUAUGUGUACAAAAUCAGUGGAACUGCGCCACAUGCGAAGCUAUAAAGAGUGAAAGCGACGUUGUUUUGUGACUUUUUGUUAAAGAAAAUAAAAUGUAAUAAAAUAAAACAGAAAAUAAAAAUAUAUUUUAUAAUUAUGAUAA